UUCGCCGUGCGCUCUGAUUGGUCGUGCUCCCCUGAUAUAAAAACCGUUCUUGCCGUGCGCGCUCCCUUUCACCUCCCGGAGCCCUAGUGUGAGGUUAUACCUUGUCUUUAAACCCUUUUUGUGGCAAUCCUUGGAAGCACUGACAAGAUGCCCAGGGAAGACAGGGCUACGUGGAAGUCCAACUAUUUUCUUAAAAUAAUUCAAUUGCUUGAUGAUUUUCCAAAAUGCUUCAUCGUGGGGGCGGACAAUGUUGGUUCAAAACAAAUGCAACAGAUCCGUAUGUCCCUGCGAGGGAAAGCUGUAGUUUUGAUGGGAAAGAACACAAUGAUGCGCAAAGCUAUUCGUGGACACCUGGAAAAUAACUCUGCUCUGGAGAAGCUGCUGCCUCACAUCAAGGGUAAUGUGGGCUUUGUUUUCACCAAGGAGGAUCUUGCAGAAGUUAGAGACCUGCUGUUGGCCAACAAGGUGCCAGCCUCUGCUCGUGCAGGAGCAAUUGCUCCAUGUGGGGUCACCGUUCCUGCACAGAACACUGGUUUGGGCCCUGAGAAGACCUCCUUCUUCCAGGCUUUGGGUAUUACCACCAAAAUUUCCAGAGGAACAAUUGAAAUCUUGAGCGACGUGCAACUGAUUAAGACUGGAGACAAAGUGGGUGCCAGCGAAGCCACACUCCUGAACAUGUUGAACAUCUCACCCUUCUCUUUCGGUUUAAUUAUUCAGCAAGUUUAUGACCAUGGCAGUGUGUAUAAUCCAGAGGUACUGGACAUUACAGAAGAAGCUCUUCAUGCCCGCUUCCUUGAGGGUGUUCGCAAUGUGGCCAGUGUUUGUCUUCAGAUUGGAUAUCCCACCAUUGCUUCAGUGCCUCACUCAAUCGUCAAUGGGUAUAAGAGAGUUCUUGCUGUUGCUGUGGAAACGGAUUACAGCUUCCCAUUGGCUGACAAGGUCAAGGCAUUCCUGGCAGAUCCAUCUGCUUUUGUUGUAGCUGCCCCAGCUGCUGAGACAGCUGCAGCACCUGCUGCUGCCCCGGCUAAAGAGGAAAAGCAGGAAGAAUCAGAAGAAUCUGAUGAUGAUAUGGGCUUUGGGCUCUUUGACUAAUUCUAACUGUGGUUUAUGCCAUCAUAAAUAAAGAACUCUACAGCUGA